AUGUCGCAACCCGAUCUUGGUCCACCCUUAGAGAAGGGGAUCUGGGCCGCUGUGAUCAUCACAGCGGUGAUCGUGAUCCUACGACUCGUGGCGAAAGUCAAAAUUAAACGGCUGGGCUUUGACGAUGGCCUGAUGGUCCUGGCCGAGAUUCUGGCAAUCGUGUCAACGGUAUUCCUAACCUUGUCAGUCAGACAUGGCUUUGGCAAGAAUCUCCUCACACUACCACAGUCUGACCAGAAAGCUGUCUUGAAGUCAAUCGCAUUCCAAGUGCCAUUGAUCACCUUCAGCACCACAUUCGCCCGCUCUGCCUUUAUUCUCUACCUCCUGCCUCUCCUUGGAACCAAUAAACACCAUCAGACCGCACUAUGGACGGUGUUGAUCCUCCAACUCUGCGGCAAUGUUGUUUCGGCGGUGUUACCACUCAGCAUUUGUCGUGAUCCAGCCGCCCUGUGGGAUAGAGCAGCGGCAAUCGCGACGACCUGUGGGGAUUCCCACGCUGUGAUCAAAUUCGCCUACUUUUCCAAUACCUUCAAUUCGGCCACUGAUUUAUUUUUGGCGGUCUUCCCAACGGUUAUGUUUUGGAAUUUGAAUUUAAAGCGGAGGCUCAAAAUCAGUUUGAUAUUUCUUCUCAACUUGGGCAUCGUUGCAAUGGUUGCAUCCAUCAUCAAGACCACGAAACUCAGCUCUAUACCCAGCGUCACGAAUAUGGGAGCUAGCGGCGGCAUCGAGCUGAUCCGCUGGGGAUACACUGAAAACGUCAUCAUCAUUAUCACCUCUUCAAUCCCCUGUAUCCGUCCUUUGAUCAUUUCCUCGGCGCGGAAAAUCUCUAGUGGCAAGGUGUCAGGUUGCUAUGAGUUAAGUCUGCCCUUCAAUGGUUGCAAAUCGGCCGCUGGUCCCAAUGCGACCAACCAGUCACGUCACAGCCACAGAUUCAAGCCCGAUCUCGAGGACAACAGCGUUGACUACAUUUUGGAUCGUGAUCAGGGGGCGCAAGAUAGUACACAUGUGGGAGAGGCCCCCGAUUCGCCUCCUUUGUAUCCCCCAGGUAUCACCAAGCAUGUCGAAAUUUCGGUGGUCUCGGAUGUUAGAUGA